GAGCAAAACGAGGAAGACGAGACUGAGCACAAACAAGGGCUCGACGUGACCGUGAGGGAGUGUUUCAUGUGUUUUAGGGGAUGUAUAUUUCUGUGUCUGGAGACCCUGAGUAAAAUGUGAUGUAAUGUCCGGCCUUGUUCCACUCGUCAGCUGUAUCUACGGUGUGUCCAGUCGGCUCAUAUGGAGAGGUCCUUCAAGUAUCUCUCCGCUGUUAAGGCGGGUUCCUGCUGGUCUGUCAAGUGUUUUGGCAGUCGGUAAAAAGGAUCUGAUAGAUCUUCCUGUCCUGAUUGAGGAUGAGCUUGAAGAGCAGUUUGUAAGAGGAUCUGGACCUGGAGGACAGGCCACCAACAAAACCAGCAACUGCGUGGUGUUGAAGCACAUCCCUACUGGGAUUGUAGUUAAGUGCCACCAGACGCGAUCUGUGGAUAUAAAUCGAAAACGAGCCCGGGAAAUCUUGAGAGAGAAGCUUGAUGUUGCCACUAAAGGGGAGCUCAGUGAAGUUCUUGUGAAGAAGAAAGAAUCUGUGGUGAGAAAGCAAGAAAAGAGGAAAAAAGCAAACGAGAAUCUGGAGAGGAAAAGGCAAUUUAAAGAAGCUUUGACUUCAGAAUCCAAACCUGGAAAUGACAUUAUUUAAGAAGUUGGUGUUGAAGAUGGAUGGAAGACAUAACUACCGGCAUAGACUACAUAACAGAACCUGGAAAGCAUCACUGUCAUCCUCUAUCAGCCUUUUUAUUAACAAAUCUGUCAUUCACGUGUUGCAAUGUGAAGUAGAUCAAAGAGGAGAAUAAAAUGUGGUCUACCAACAAUGA